AUGAUUCUCCUCAUCAGUUUGUCGAUAUUUAUUAUUUUUGUUGUACUUUACUGCGUGAAAGAAGAUCCGAAACCAAUAUUUGGAGUUUACCAACAGAAAGGAAAAUGGUACCCCAUCAAGUUUGCAAUUUUUUACAUCAUUUAUCAGCUACGCAAGUUGUUUUACAAUAAUCAACCAACACCUUUUGUUUGUUGUCUUAAGUGGUCCAGAAACCAGGUUCAAGCAGCUGCAAAGGAGAAACAAGAUGAAAAGCUUGACUCACCACAACAGUUGUCUAGUGAUCCAAAGGCAUUUGAUGCAGUAUUCUUCAUGGCAACCAACAAGAAAGGUUUUUAUUUUGUUGCUGGUAGUGAACGAAGACCAUUAGGGGUGAUAAAUGGUCUUUGCUAUUUAAUUGUGCCUGGAAUAGGUCUUCUGUGCAGUCAAAAAAUACCAGAUACUGUUUUGUUUGGAGCUAAUGAUAAUGAAUUUGGUGCUGAAGGGAUCCUGUUUAAACCUGUUACACCAAUGAAGAAAUGGAAAGUGAGCUAUAAAGGAAAAAUGUGGUUACAGUCAGACCCUGCAAAGGAAUAUGAAGUGGAAGUUGAAGGAGACUGGGUAUCAGACCUACCAUAUUUCAAUUUUGAUACAGAUUUAGCUGCAUCAGCAAUUGCUAGAACGAUUGCUACUGAAAAAUGGACAAAGCAGUACUUCAAUAAUCUUAAAAUGGCUCAUCAGUCACAUUAUGAACAAAUGGGUUCUAUGAAUGCAGUUAUUAAAGUUAAUGGAAAGACUUAUAAAGAAGAUAUGCAAGCAUUUAGAGAUCAUAGUCAUGGUAAUAAAAGAGAUUGGGACUUAAUGCAUCGGUAUGCCUUUCACAUGUUUUUCCUGGAAAAUGGUAUGACAGCAACCAUAGGGGUGAUAUGCCAGCCAUGUACAGGAUCUAUGUUGGAAACUGGCUAUGUAUAUACACCGGAAGGUGAUGUUCAUCCAGUUGAAUGGUGUGACCUGAAACUAUAUCAGCAUGGGGAAUGUGGUACUCCACCUGUGGACCAUGCAUUUUCAUUUAAAGCAGGUUCAACAGUAUAUCAUGCACAAGUUAAUGUGGAAUACUUGUCAACUCACUACGUAGGUUGGAAAUGGGAAGCACGUAUGGUAGAACGAUUCAUUAAAUGUACAGUAAAUGGAAUUCCUGGACGAGGGGUUUCUGAAUUUCACUACCACAACAGCACUGGAAGGCCUGAAAAAGUUUCAAAGAAUGAUCCGCAGUGGUUUCAAGCACUUAAAUAUAAGUAG